GUAAACAUUGAAAACGCAAAAAAUUAUUUUAUUUUACAUUAGUAAACACAAAUAAAUAAAUAAAAAUUCAAUUAUGAAACAACGAUGUCGUUGUUGUUUAAUAACAAAUUCCAAUGCGUACUAUGACAUUUUCGAACAUCAUAAAUCGGGGACCACCUACGCCGAGAACAUACGCUUUUUAGCUGAAGUGCAAAUUGACCACGACGAUGGUUUACCCCAACAAAUAUGUUCCAAUUGUUAUGAUGAAGUACAGCGUAUAUAUGACUUCGGUUUGAAUGUACGCCUAGCCGAUGAAAAGUUGAGACAGGAAUUGGAAGCCACUAAAAAUCAAAUUGAAGAUGAAGACCAAAUGGAAAAUGUACAAGUCUUAGAAAAUGAAUACUUUGCCCCAGUAGACGACAAUGGCAUGCAAGUGUGUGUAAUGGAGGAAAUACUCGAACAUGAAACCGAACAAGAAAAUGUACUGAUAGUAGAGGAAAUUCAUGAUGUCGAAGAAAUAAAUAUGGUAGAAGAUAUGAUAGACUUGGCAAAAGAUCUACAAACUAAAUCCUACAAUCAAAAGGAAAAUUUGUUAGUAGGUUUAGCUCAGGUGGCAGCAACUCAGGAAAAUGUUAAUAUUAAUGAUAAUCAAAGUGCUGACGAAGACGCCUACUUCCCAGAAGAUGAGAACGAUGAAGACUAUCUGAUAGAAUUUGAUGCAAAUGAAGUAAAUAAUUUUGUACCUUCAAAAUGGAAAUGUGGUGAAUGUAAAGUGAUAUUACGCGGAGAUGUAUCCUAUGAGGGUCAUAUGAAUAUACAUAGGCAAAUACGACCGCAUAAGUGUGUCCAGUGUCAAACUGAGUAUAGAUGUCGCACAGCUCUUAAACGGCACAAAGAGUUUAGGCAUAGCUUGCCAAUUCAGAAUACAACUAAAAAAACUUACAUAUGCAUGGAUUGUAACAACAAUUUCUACUCUGAAAAUAUAUUCUAUCUACAUCAAGCUAUUGUCCAUGAUCAAGGUGAUAAAUGUCCAUUUCAAUGUGAUACUGCUAAUGUGAACAAUAUAAAGGAACAUAUAGAAAGCCUUCAUCCAAAAGAACUAAAUACUUUAGCACUUGACGAUACAACAACAUAUCAAUGCUUUAGAUGUUCUAAAACAUUUGAAAAUAUCAGUCUUUUAGAAUGUCACGCUAAAACGUGCGAAAGAAUGUAUGAUGAACCACAGUUACAUGAUGACAAUUUGGUUAUGGAAAAUAGAAAUAUCAUAGAAAUCAUAAAAGUGGAGGGGGGCACUUCGGAUAUUUCGGUAAACUGCAAUAUUUGUCGAAAAAAAUUACUUAAGAAAAACUUGAAUAAGCAUUUGGAACUACAUAAACGUAAAGAAGAGGAAAACAAAGUGGUGGAUGAUACGAAGCCAUACCUGUGUUCAUUUUGCCCUUCUUUAUUUGAAACUAAAGAUGAUUUAGAUGACCACUACUCUACAGAAUGCUACAUACAUAUAUCCAGAAUAUCAAAGUUUACAUGCACUCAGUGUAAUAAAAACUUUACACACUUAAAACAUUUAGAGGAACACGAAGAGAAAGUUCAUUCAAGAAAAUAUGGCUACAUUUGUUAUGAGUGUGGUAAUUCCUUUGGUGGCCGAGUUCAAUUAUCCGCCCACAAGAGAUUACAUAAAGAACGACCCUUCAAAUGUGAUCAAUGUGAUAAAGCAUAUCCGCGCAAAGUAGAACUGGUAAUUCAUAUGCGCUCGCAUACAGGAGAACUACCCUAUGCAUGUCACUUGUGUGACAAACGUUUCGCCAUCAAAGUCAGACUGACUUAUCAUUUGCAAAAACAUGAAGGUGUAACUCAUGCCUGCACCUAUUGCUCAGCGGUCUAUGAUAAUCGUAACAAGCUUAAAGCUCAUCUUUUCAAACAUACUGGCAUGCCUUACAAGUGUGAAUUCUGUCCCGAACUUGGUUUUGAAAGGAGAAUAAGGUUUGCUAAUCAUAUGAAAAGAGUGCAUCAAAAAACAUUAAGCGAAGAGGAAUUGACACAAAUUUUUGCCAAAAAUACGGGAAAAACUGUACAUUUUAAGAAUCCAGAAAAGGGAAUGUAAAAUUAAUCCCUAUCAAGGCGUAUUAACAAGGUGAGUGCGUCCCGGCAACAAAUACAACAAUGCAAAAACAACAGGCAAUUUGUUUUUGUUAAAAUGUACAUUAAAUGUCAAAAUCAAGGCGAAUUAAAAUAUUACUAUGUUAUUUACAAUAACAAAUGUAAACAUAAACAAAGUUUG